CUAAGUGAAAUAUUUAUUUAUUAAUAAAAAACACAAUUUUAAUUUUUCACCAUGGGCAUAUGCAAAUAACAUUUAUGAAAGAAUAAUCUUCUAGAUUUGAUUGACAAAUGGCUAUGAUCUUAUAUUCUCCCCAAGCUUUAAUAUUUGUUGAUGGGUCCAUUCUCUGAAAACAAAUUGUAUAUAAGUUGAGAAUCUGAAUCAUUUGAAAAUUGGCCCUUCUAAUAUAUAAGACUAUAUAUAACACUAAUUAAUCUUUGAAGAGCUUCUAGUUUGGUCCUCUCUUUUUCCCCCCACUCAUAAGAUUAACAUAAGCACCUAUUUCCUUUUCAAAAUUAAAUAUAAAACACAAAUCGAUUUGACAUUUCAUUCUAGUAUAUCAUUUCAUGCAUUAAUAAUAUUUAUAGGGUAAUUUGUGGCAUAACCUCCUUAAAUGGUCAUAUUUUUGCAACUAACUUUCAAUUCUAAAAUUUUGGUGGUAAAACCUCCUAAACCUAAGUUCUGUUAGCAGUUAGCCAUUUCCAUCCAUUUUUUACUGUUAAUUGCCAUGGUGGAAUGUCUACGUAGACACAAUGUACGCGUGGCACAAUUUAAUUGGUCCACGUAAAUAAAUAUUUAAAAAAUAAAAAAUUAAUUAUUUUAAAAAUAAAAAAUAAAAAAAUUAUUUUUCUUCAAAAAUUAAAAAAAUAAAAAUUAAAAAAACAAUUUUAAAAAAAUAAAAAUUUAAAAAAAAAAAACCUAACCCUAAUUCCCUCACGCCCUCACGCCCUCCUCCUUUUUCUUCUUCUUCUCUGCUAAAAAAAACCUAGCCUAAACCUCCAUUAUCACCAUCAUCACUAUGUAGAAGAACAGGUGAAACAACCUCUCUACUACUACGAUCAACUCUAAAACACCACCAAAUACAAGAAACCCAAAUCUUCUCCUCCAUUUUCAUUUCCAUUUCAAACACCAGAGCUACCAUUUCUUCUAACCCUUCCAGACACCACCAUCCACAACUCCGUCGACCACAUCUACGUCGUCGAUUACUCCUCCGCAUCCUAGAAUUUUAGGUUUGGGGGCAGGUCAGUAUGAGUUAGUCGAGCAGAUGCCCUGUUUGACCGACCCGAAGCUAAUCGAGGUCAUGACCCGUGCUGUGACUGAUGUGGCCCAGACUCGAUCCGUGCUCAAAACCAUCGGCGACCGGCCUGACCACGAGGCCGUUGACGUGGCUAAGGCCAAGCUGGCUGAUAUCGAAGCCAACCUGGCGAAGCAGCUCGAGGAUUUGGUCCUCUCGCCGCGACCGGAUGAGGUUGACCGACUCCAAUGGCGGUCCCAACUGGCUGAUAAGGAGAAUGAGUGUAGGAAACAGUCAGAGAAGGAAAAACAGUUGUAUAAGGCGAUAAUCCAGUUGGAUGAGAUGCAUGAAGCGUACGAGAAGCUUUUGAAGGAUGCAAAAGAGAGGUUGGAGAAGAUUUAUGAGAUGGCGGAGGCCGGUGGUUCGGUGGAGGAGGCGGAGCCGAGUGAAGAGGAUCAGGUGACUGACGAGGUUAACGAGGAGGUGAUUGGGAUUCUACAGGAGGCUUCUGGAACUGGGUUGGAGCGCGUGGACCUUUCGGGUCGGCAAUUGAAGUUCUUGGCUGAUAUCUCAAGCAAUCAAUUUGAGGGUCUUUUUUAGCAGAGAAGAAGAAGAAGAAGAAGAAGAAGAAGAAGAAGAAGAAGAAGAAGAAGAAGAAGAAGAAGAAGAAGAAGAAGAAGAAGAAGAAGAAGAAGGAUGGCGUGAGGGGGGUUAGGUUUUUUUUUAAUUUUUAUUUUUUUAAAUAUUUAUUUACGUGGACUAAUAAAAUUGUGUCACGUAUAGACAUUCCACCAUGACAGUUAACAGCUAAAAAUGGAUGGAAAAGACUAAGUGCUAACAGAACUUGAGUUUAGGAGGUUUUACUAUCAAAAUUUUAGAAUUGGGGGUUAGUUGCAAAAACAUGGCCACUUAAGGAGAUUAUGCCCCAAAUUACCAAUAUUUAUAUAAGAACAAUUUUUCAAAAU